CGUUCCUCAGCAGCCGUAUCGCACCAACCCAACGACUCACGAGCCCACUAGUAACUCUCACUAAGUCAUGCCCGCAUCCCUCCUCCCCUCCCUUGCUGGCCCUAUAAAGCCCCUCGUUCCCACCCACCAGCCGUGGCCUAGCAUAUCACUCUUUAUCCUUCAGUCACCAUGGCGUCUUCAAUGGUCAAACAAGCAAUUGUCGAUGCUGCUGCUGCGUACACCAAGCCUGACGGCAAGGUGUUCGAGUAUGGCACAGCUGGGUUCCGGAUGAAAGCGGAUAUCCUCAACACCGUUGUUUUCGCCGUCGGGCUUUUAGCUGGACUUCGCUCAAGAAAAUUGAAUGGCCAAUAUAUUGGCGUUAUGAUCACCGCCAGUCACAACCCCGCGGAGGACAAUGGCAUCAAACUUGUAGAUCCAAUGGGCGAGAUGCUGGAGGCUGAUUGGGAAAAAUACGCAACCCGAUUGGCAAAUUCACCCCUCGAGACUUUGGGAGACGUGUACAACAGCCUUAUCAGCGAGAUUGAAAUUAAGAUGGAGAACCCUGCUCGCGUGGUCUUCGCCCGGGAUACUCGUGCUUCAGGCUCCCGCCUCGUGGGGGUGAUGUCUGCUGCUCUUAGAGCAUCCGAAGUCGAGUUUGAAGAUUUCAAAUAUCUGACCACUCCCCAGCUUCAUUAUAUUGUCCGCUGCAAGAAUACCUUGGGGACGCCCUAUGAAUAUGGCGAACCUACCGAGCAGGGAUAUUACCAGAAACUCAGCGGGGCAUUCAAAAAAGUGAUGAAGGGACGAACCAUUAACGGGCCAGUGACUGUUGACUGCGCUAAUGGCGUUGGAGGCCCUAAACUUAGAGAGCUGAUGAAGUAUUUGCCCAAUGGUCAGCAAGGCGGGGUGGAUAUCAAUAUUGUUAACGACAAUGUGAUCAAUCCUGAUAGCCUGAAUCAUGAGUGCGGCGCAGAUUAUGUGAAAACAAAACAACGUGCCCCACCAUCUUCUAAAGCAUCAAUCCAUGACCGCUGCGCUUCAUUUGAUGGUGACGCAGAUCGACUAGUUUACUAUUAUCUUGACACUGGCAAUGUUUUCAAACUCCUUGACGGUGACCGAAUCGCAACACUCGCGGCUUCCUUUAUUGGAGACUUAACAAAGAAUGCCGGAAUAGGACAUAAACUCAAGAUUGGCGUUGUUCAAACGGCCUAUGCAAACGGCUCGAGUACAGACUAUAUAGAGAAAGUCCUCAAACUACCAGUCAUUUGCACCCCAACCGGCGUAAAGCAUCUCCACCAUGCCGCGUUGAGGUUUGACGUGGGAGUCUACUUUGAAGCCAACGGACACGGAACCGUAACUUUCUCAGAACAUGCGCUCAAGACCAUCAGAUCCGCUGAACCCCAGUCCCCGGCACAACAGUACGCUCUGGAAAGCCUUAUUGGUCUAACCGACUUGAUAAACCAAGCAGUCGGCGAUGCGUUAGCGGACUUACUCCUUGUCGAAGUGAUCCUUGCCCACAAAAGUUGGGGCCUUAAGGAAUGGAUAUCAACAUACACUGACCUCCCAUCACGCCUCGUUCGCAUUGAGGUGGCUAAUCGGUCAAUAUUCAAAACCGUCGAUGCGGAGCGGAAGCUUGAAUCGCCAGCUGGCCUGCAAGCGCGGAUCGACGCUCUCCAAUCACGAUAUAACAGGGGUCGGAGUUUUGCCCGUGCUAGUGGAACCGAGGAUGCAGUUCGAGUGUAUGCUGAAGCUGCGACUCGGUCUGAGGCUGACGAUCUGGCUACCCGGGUCGCAAGCUCUGUGCAAGAUGCUGGGAAGAUAGUCUAAACCCCACAAUAGAAAAAGAGGGAUUAAAAAGACUAUUUGUAAAGGAGACAAAAACCUUCGCAAAAGCCAAAAUCGCAUCUAACCUUACACAUAGACAGUUGAGCGAUACCACACUUUGUUCCGUACUUCGAAUGUGUGUUACUGCCAAUUAGAGUCGACAUGAGGAAAUCGAGAGAAAUGCUGGAAAAAUUACCCAGCACAUUCUUGGAUGUCUUGGGGCCUGGAUUGAAUAUUUAUGGCGACUGUUCUUUUCGUUUCUUUUCUUUUUUCUUCUGUAUCUUAAAAUCAGACUCCUAAUCUACAGCUACCCCUGACGAAUUGAUUAUUUUAAUUAGGUUUAAUUCAAACGCUCUGGAUUCGAUGAAUCCAUGUCUCCUAUUCAGACAUUUUUUCCCCCAUACUGUUGUCGAGCUAUUUACUUACGGGAGAUAAAACAUUUGACAAAGGAUUCAAGACAAAAAUUGAGAACGAAAAUUGAAGAUGGAAUAAACCAGACGGAGUCUCAGGCAUCAAUUUUACCGAGCCAUACUGCGCCUGUGGCCAGUCAAGGUUGAUUUUUCGUCUAGGUCACCUGCGAAUCGAAAUUUUAAGCAUUACUCCACCAAAAAGAUAUCGAACACAAGGAAAGCUACACAAUGACCUAGCAAUAACAAGGAAUAGAGACUGUAUAGGCAUCACAUAGGAUAUUCAUUUUCAUUAUAAUGAUUACCAUAAAUCUAAAUCUCACACUCCCUACCCUUCCUCGCGAUCCAUAUCAUCCCUUCCUCUCUUGGCGCCCUUCGCCGGCCUUCUUCCCCUCAAUGUAGCACCCCUCGACCCCCUCUUCUCAUGUAAAUCCUUCAUCUCCGUAAUCGCAUGUCGCUGCGCCUCGCCCACCCUAUCACUCAGCACCAUCACCUCCUCUUUCUCAACUUUAUACUCCUCCAAUUUCUUGCCCAGCGCAUUUUCAAUCCGCAGCCACACCUCAAGGUCGUACUGCGUCACAAUGUUAAAGGCAUGUCCGCUCUUGCCCGCUCGCGCGGUCCGGCCUACGCGAUGGAUAUACGUCUUGCUGUCCGGGGGUAGGUCGAAGUUGAGAACCACGUCGACGGAGGGGAUGUCAAGGCCGCGCGCGGCGACGUCCGUGGCGACAAGGAUAUCGCGACUGCGCGAGCGGAAUUUGCUAAGAGCGCCUAGGCGGGAGGACUGGGAGAGCUGGCCGUGGAGCGGGAUGGCGCCGAAGCCGAGAGCGCGGAGUAGGAUAGCGAGGCGUUGGGUUUCAUUGACGGUCCGUGUGAAGACGAUGGCGGAUUGGCCGGCGUAUUCGUUGAGGAGAUAGACGAGGUAGAGGUCUUUAUAUUUGUGGGGAAUGAAGAGGUAACUUUGGAGCAGGGUGGAGACGGUUUGGUAUUUGCUGCUGGAGAUGGAGACGCGGAGAGGGUUGGAGAGGGAGGCGCGCUGGAGGGAUUCGACUUUUGAGCUCAUGGUUGCGGAGAAGAGGUAUGUGCGGCGUUCGCGAGGGAGUACUUUGAGGAUUUUGUCGAGUAUAGGGCCGAAGUCGAGGUCGAGGAGCCUGUCGGCUUCGUCCAUCACGAGAUAUUUGAGGUUGCGGAGGGAGAAGCCCUUAGUGUUUUCGAGGUGGUCAAGGAGACGGCCUGGUGUCGCGACGACGAUGUGAGGUUUCUUCCCCAGCGCGAUUGCUUGAGGAACCAUGUCCAUUCCGCCAACUAUGACAGCGCACCGGACCGAGAUCAGAGAGCCAAGCGCCUCGAAGGCUCCUGAUAUUUGGUAGGCUAGUUCUCGUGUGGGUGCCAGUAUGAGACCGAAUAGGGAUUGUGGCUUCUCCAUUAGAGCUAUUGUACGGGGGAGGUAAUUAGCCAGAGUUCUGUCACUGUGAGGGCGCGCGUAGCUCAUUGAGCUGUUCUCUUUUAUUUACCUUGUAGAAUUGGCAAGGCAAAUGCGGCCGUCUUCCCGCUUCCCGUCUCCGCCAGGCCGAUAAGAUCCCGCCCCUGGAGGGCGAGCGGGAUUGACUCUGCUUGGAUGGGAGUAGGUGAUUUGUAGCCUAAAGUUUCACAUGCUUCACAUAAUGAAUCAAUAAUGCCUAGAUCUUUGAAAGACUUCGUCACAGCCUCAUCUUGCUGUUCCUGUGGGAUUUUGUCAUCUUGUUCAUGGACUCCUGAUGCUUGCGAUUGUUGCGAGGUUGCUGAACUGGAGGAUUCGGGGUCGCUCUCAGUGGGAUCUGGCCGAGCUGCGUGAGCCAGCUUCCGCUUCUUCAAAGCCGACAUUUUGGACAAUAAAUAAUAAUCCCUAGAUAAAUACGGAUAUAUGUAACUAGAGCCAAUCCUCGCUGGUGGUUAUUAAAAAAGCCGGUUUUGUUGAUUCUCCGCACAAAAUAUUUUUUGAUAUCCCGCAAAAUCAUUGUUCCGGACUAGC